GACAUCAUUGGGAGUUAUUAUUGCCGUUCUGUAGAGGUACUUUUAGGUGAACGGGUGCAUUUAAAAGAAAUCAAAUAAAGAUUUGUUGUUGUUCUUGUAAACGUUAUUGAAGCAGUCUUCCUAGGGUGGAGAGAAGGACGGCAGAUAAAUAUUAGGAAGGAAAGGAAAUGGCUGAUAGAACUGCACCGAAAUGCCAGCUGCGGUUAGAGUGGGUUUAUGGUUACCGAGGUCACCAGUGCCGGAAUAACCUAUACUAUACGGUUGCCAAGGAGGUGGUCUACUUUGUUGCUGGAGUGGGAAUUGUAUACAACACCAGGGAACAUACACAGAAAUUUUUCCUUGGCCACAACGAUGAUAUUAUCAGCCUUGCGUUACAUCCAGAAAGAAGUCUGGUUGCAACAGGUCAAGUUGGAAAGGAGCCUUACAUCUGUAUUUGGGAUACUUACCAUGUACAGAUGGUUUCUAUUCUGAAAGACAUUCAUACGCAUGGAGUUGCUUGCUUGACUUUUGAUUCUGAUGGACAGCGCUUGGCCUCUGUAGGAUUGGAUGCCAAAAAUACAGUCUGCAUCUGGGAUUGGAAAAAAGGGAAAGUGCUAGCAACGGCAACUGGCCACUCAGACAGGAUCUUUGAUGUUGCUUGGGAUCCACAUCAGCCAAACAGACUUGUUAGCUGUGGAGUGAAACAUAUUAAGUUCUGGACAUUAUGUGGGAAUGCAUUAACACCCAAAAGGGGAAUUUUUGGGAAAACUGGUGACCUUCAGACCAUUCUGUGUUUGGCGUGUGCUAAAGAUGAAACUACAUACUCUGGUGCAUUAAAUGGCGAUAUUUACGUCUGGAAAGGGCUAAAUUUGAUCCGCACAAUUCAGGGAGCUCAUGGAGCAGGCAUAUUCAGUAUGUACGCCUGUGAAGAAGGUUUUGCUACUGGAGGGAGAGAUGGUUGCAUCCGACUAUGGGACACUGAUUUCAAACCAAUCACAAAAAUUGAUCUUCGUGAGACUGAGCAGGGUUACAAAGGUUUGUCUAUCAGAAGUGUUUGUUGGAAAGCAGACCGCAUUCUAGCAGGAACCCAGGACAGUGAAAUAUUUGAAGUGAUGGUUCGAGAACGAGAUAAACCUCUCCUGAUAAUGCAGGGCCACUGUGAAGGGGAGCUGUGGGGCUUGGCAGCCCAUCCUAAGAAGCCAUUGGUUGUCACAGGCAGUGAUGAUCGAUCUGUACGUUUGUGGAGCCUUGUUGACCAUGCUCUUAUUGCACGCUGUAACAUGGAAGAGCCAGUACGCUGUGUUGCUUUCAGUAGUGAUGGAUCACAGCUUGCUCUAGGAAUGAAGGAUGGUUCAUUUACUGUACUCAGAGUCAGAGAUAUGACAGAGGUGGUCCACAUUAAAGACCGAAAGGAGGUAAUUCAUGAAAUGAAAUAUUCUCCAGAUGGAUCUUACCUUGCUGUAGGUUCAAAUGAUGGGCUGAUUGACAUCUACACAGUUUCACAGCGAUACAAGAAAGUUGGAGAAUGCAGCAAGUCAUCUAGUUUCAUUACACAUAUUGACUGGUCUAUUGAUAGUAAAUAUCUACAGGUCAAUGAUGGUGCUGGAGAAAGACUAUUUUACAAAAUGCCAUCUGGAAAGCACUUAACGAGUAAAGAGGAAAUAAAAGGGAUUCAUUGGGCCACAUGGACUUGUGUAAUUGGACCUGAAGUAAAUGGAAUUUGGCCUAAGUAUACAGACAUCAUGGACAUCAAUUUUGUGGAUGCGAACUUUGGUAGUGCUACCCUUGUGUCUGGAGAUGACUUCGGAUUGGUCAAACUCUUUAGGUUUCCUUGUUUGAAGAAAGGAGCAAAAUUCCGUAAAUAUGUUGGACAUUCUGCUCAUGUGACCAAUGUGCGAUGGUCAUAUGAUUUUCAGUGGACAGUUAGCACAGGUGGUGCUGAUCACUCUGUAUUUCAAUGGAGAUUUAUUCCAGAAAGACAUCUGAAGGAUGCACUGCAUACAGCCCCUACCAAAAGCUAUGCUGAUUCAAACAGUGAUGAAUCUGAUUCGGAUCUGUCAGAUGUGGCAGAGUUGGAUUCUGACAUUGAACAAGAAGUCCAAAUCAGUUAUGAUCGUCAGGUCUACAAAGAAGAUCUACCUCAGCUCAAACAGCAAAGCAAAGAGAAAAAGCAAGCAGCAGCUUCUCUAAAAAGAGAGAGAGCCCCUGAAGGAAGUCUGAAACUACAAUUUGUCCAUGGGUACAGAGGAUAUGAUUGUCGAAAUAAUCUCUUCUAUACCCAAGCUGCUGAAGUGGUCUACCAUGUUGCUGCCAUUGGUAUUGUUUAUAAUCGACAACAGCAUUCACAAAGAUUCUAUCUUGGACAUGAUGACGAUAUCCUCUGUCUAGCCAUUCAUCCAAUGAAGGACUAUGUGGCUACUGGGCAGAUUGGGCGGGAUCCAUCAAUUCAUGUUUGGGAUACUCAAACACUUAAAUGUUUGUCGCUAUUAAAAGGACAGCACCAGAGAGGAGUAUGUGCCCUUGACUUUUCAUCUGAUGGAAAAAAUUUGGUGUCCAUUGGUUUGGAUGACAACCACACUAUAGUAGUGUGGGACUGGAAAAAGGGAGAAAGACAAGCAACAUCAAGAGGACAUAAAGACAAGAUAUUUGUAGUGAAGUGCAAUCCACACCAUGUGGACAAACUUGUUACUGUUGGGAUAAAACAUAUCAAAUUCUGGCAACAUGCAGGUGGUGGCCUUACCUCUAAACGAGGAAUAUUUGGUAACAUGGGGAAGCUGGAGACAAUGAUGUGUGUAUCGUAUGGCCAGAUGGAAGAAAUGAUGUUCUCUGGAGCUGCAAAUGGAGAUGUUUACAUUUGGAAAAAAAAUCUUCUCCUCAAGACAGUUAAAGCCCAUGAUGGGCCCAUUUUUGCUAUGCAUGCCUUAGAUAAGGGAUUUGUAACAGGUGGCAAAGAUGGUAUUGUUGAACUCUGGGAUGAUAUAUUUGAGAGAUGUCUAAAGACAUAUGCUAUCAAGAGAGCAGCCCUAUCACCUGGCUCAAAAGGUUUACUUCUGGAAGACAAUCCUUCAUUACGUGCCAUUACAUUGGGACAUGGCCAUAUACUUGUAGGAACCAAGAAUGGUGAAAUACUUGAAAUAGAUAAAAGUGGACCUAUCACCCUACUGGUUCAGGGUCAUAUGGAAGGGGAGGUUUGGGGUCUUGCAGCUCAUCCUGUUCUUCCCAUCUGUGCUACUGUAAGUGAUGACAAAACGUUACGAAUCUGGGAGCUCUCCUUUAACCAUCGUAUGCUAGCAGUACGUAAACUUAAAAAAGGUGGGAGAUGUUGUGCUUUCUCACCAGAUGGAAAAGUCUUAGCUGUUGGGUUAAAUGAUGGGAGUUUUCAUGUAGUCAAUGCUGAUACCCUGGAGGAUAUAGUGUCUUUUCACCACAGGAAGGAAAAUAUAUCAGAUAUCAAAUUUUCACCAGAUGCAGGGAAAUAUCUGGCUGUAACUUCACAUGACAAUUUUGUGGACAUCUACAAUGUGCUUUCAAGUAAAAGAGUUGGCAUAUGUAAAGGGGCUUCUAGUUACAUUACCCAUGUAGACUGGGAUGUAAAAGGGAAGUUAUUGCAAGUUAAUUCAGGUGCUAAAGAGCAUCUGUUUUUUGAAGCACCAAGAGGGAAACGACAAACAAUUAGAAGUACAGAGAUAGAGAAGAUAGACUGGGCCACUUGGACAUGUGUUUUAGGACCAACAUGUGAAGGAAUCUGGCCGACACACAGUGAUAUCACAGAUGUCAAUGCAGCCUGUCUAACCAAAGACAGAAAACUCAUAGUCACAGGGGAUGACUUUGGCUUCAUGAAGCUCUUUUCAUACCCAGUAAAGAGCCGAUACGCAAAGUUUAAAAAAUAUGUGGGCCACAGUGCGCAUGUGACUAAUGUGAGGUGGGCACAGGAUGACAGCUUGUUGCUUACAGUGGGUGGUGCUGACACUGCUUUAAUGAUCUGGAAUUGGGAAACUGAUGGAAACAGGGACAACAAGCCUAUGGACAGUGAAGAGUCUGACACUGACACCGAUGAGGAUGGAGGGUAUGACAGUGAUGUUGCAAAAGAGAAAUCCAUCGACUACACAACCAAGAUCUAUGCAGUUAGUAUCAGGGAGAUGUCAGGCACAAAGCCACAUCUCCAACCAAAAGAAGUCUCAACGGAAGAAAGGCAGGGAAUUGUCAAGGGAUCCAGACCACCUGUCAGCAGAGCUGCUCCUCAACCAGAGAAACUACAAAAGAACAAUAUUACCAAGAAGAAGAAACUAGUGGAGGAGAUUGUCUUAGAACAUGUUUUUGGCUACAGAGGCUUUGACUGCCGCAACAAUCUUCAUUAUCUCAAUGAUGGGACUGACAUUGUUUUUCACACAGCUGCUGCUGGCGUUGUUCAGAAUCUGUCGUCAGGUCUGCAGAGUUUUUAUGUGGAGCAUACAGAUGACAUACUCUGCUUAACUGUCAAUCAACACCCAAAAUACAAAAAUGUUGUGGCAACUGGACAAAUAGGUGAUAUUGCAUUCACAUCAGGGACAACUCCAUCCAUUCAUGUGUGGGAUGUCAUAACCAAGCAGACGCUUUCUAUCCUCCGUUGUUCCCAUAAUAAGGGUGUCAGUUACAUUAACUUCAGUGCCACUGGCAAGUUACUGUUGUCACUGGGUGUUGACCCUGAACACACUAUCACUGUUUGGAGAUGGCAGGAAGGUGUCAGAGUUUCUAGCAAAAGUACCCAUAGUGAGAGGAUUUUUGUGGUUGAGUUCCGUCCAGAUUCAGAUACACAAUUUGUGUCUGUGGGGAUAAAACAUAUAAAAUUUUGGACCUUGGCUGGUGGAGCAUUACUUUCCAAAAAAGGGAGCGUUGGACCUGUGAAUGAUGCUAGGAUGCAAACCAUGCUAUCUGUUGCCUUUGGUGCAAACAAUCUUACUUUCACUGGUGCCAUAAACGGAGAUGUGUAUGUCUGGAAGGAUCACAUUUUAACCCGGGUUGUAGCAAAAGCCCAUACAGGACCUGUUUUUACCAUGUACACAACUCUAAGGGAUGGCUUAAUUGUCACUGGAGGCAAGGAAAGACCGACAAAAGAGGGAGGUGCAGUAAAACUAUGGGAUCAAGAAAUGAAACGAUGUCGACCAUUUCAGUUGGAGACGGGACAGCUCUUGGACUGUGUGCGUUCUGUCUGUCGAGGAAAGGGGAAAAUACUUGUAGGAACUAAAGAUGGUGAGAUAAUUGAAGUUGGAGAAAAGAAUGCAGCAUCAAAUAGCCUAAUUAAUGGGCACAUGGAAGGAGAAAUUUGGGGCCUUGCCACACAUCCCUCUAAAGAUGUCUUGAUUUCUGCAAGUGAUGAUGGUACAAUAAGAAUUUGGGAUCUGGCUGAUAAAAAAUUGCUAAACAAGGUGAACCUUGGCUAUGGUGCAAAAUGUGCUGCUUACAGCCCUGAUGGAGAAAUGGUUGCAAUCGGGAUGAAGAAUGGAGAAUUCGUUAUCCUACUGGUUAAUUCGCUGAAAGUGUGGGGCAAAAAACGUGACCGGAGUGCUGCCAUCCAUGAUAUCAGCUUUAGCCCCAAUUCCAUGUUCCUGGCUGUGGGUUCUGCAGAAAAUACUGUUGAUUUUUAUGAUCUGACGCAAGGUCUGACUUUAAACAGAACUGGUUACUGCAAAGACAUUCCUAGUUUUGUUAUUCAAAUGGACUUCUCAGCUGAUAGCAAACAUAUCCAGGUAUCCACAGGUGCCUACAAGCGUCAGGUACACGAGGUUCCAUCGGGCAAGCAAGUAACUGAUCAGGUGUUGAUUGAGAAGAUCACAUGGGCUACAUGGACAAGCAUUUUGGGAGAUGAAGUCCUUGGAAUUUGGCCACGAAAUGCUGAUAAAGCAGAUGUCAACUGUGCUUGUGUAUCUCAUGCUGGAUUAAACUUAGUGACUGGGGAUGACUUUGGUUUGGUGAAGCUUUUUGAUUUUCCUUGCACUGAAAAAUAUGCAAAACACAAGCGUUAUUUUGGUCACUCUGCUCAUGUGACCAAUGUACGCUUUUCCCAUGAUGACAAGUAUGUUAUCAGCGCUGGUGGUGAUGACUGCAGUAUAUUUGUUUGGCGAUGUCUUUGA